GCAUAAUUUACAUAAGUCCGAGCACGGAGCCAUGCUGUCAAUCGAGGCUCUCACUCUCCAAAAGUCCCUUCAGUCGUGGUUGAUUUCGUGCGAUGCCGCCCUCGAGUCCAAAAGGACUCCGACAGAGAAAGCUCUGUGGUUCUGCUGUCAUGCAUGAUGACGGGUGUGCCAAUCUCCAGUGUCAUUCUGACGCCAUUGUCGAUGAACCAGAGAAACCACGUCCCGCUCGCGACGAGGUUGUGUGGGGAAAAACACCAGACGGACAAGUGUUUCGUGUACCAACUACCCACGACGUCCUCACAGCCCUCUUUCACCCAGCGUACGCAAAGAGUCAUCUGGAUAUGGUUAGCUUGUCCCUUUUGGGAUUCCAGCUAGUACUCUUCUACUUCCUGUCCCGAGCGGUAUCGAAACGAUUCUUCUUGUUCUAUUUCAUCUUCUGGCGCGCUGCCUACAAUGCUGGCUUAGGCUGGGUCCUUACUAAGCAAAGCAAAAAGAGAUGGAUCGUUAGAGAGGUACAGAGACUUGGAUGGCUUGAUGAGACACGUUGUCCGGCCAUGCGACGAUGGAUUCGUGCGCAAUUAGCCGGAAAGAUGGGAAAAGAUUAUUCCUUUGAUGAUUUACCCUUGGAAUACAAUACAUGGUUGUUGUUUAGGCAGCUCGUUGACGUGAUUUUGCUCAAUGAUUUCCUCGCGUAUUGUAUGUUCGCUUUUGCGUCUUUUCGCGUUCCCGAAGGCCUUUCCCUUCCCGUUCAUGUCUUGCGAUGGAUCGGCGGUAUUAGCUUGAUCGUGUUCAACAUCUGGGUUAAAACUGAAGCACACAACGUCGUGAAGGAUUAUGGGUGGUACUGGGGCGAUUGUUUUUUUCAGCGUGGUGCGCUGGUAUUCGACGGGGUAUUCGAACUGGCUCCUCAUCCGAUGUAUUCAGUUGGUUAUGCGGGUUACUAUGGGCUGUCGCUCAUCGUUGGAAGCUAUCCCGUACUGUUCGUUAGUCUCACCGCUCACGCGGCACAGUUUGCUUUCCUGAUAUUCUUUGAAAAUCCCCAUAUCGAGCGGAUGUAUGGACAGAGGAAGCCAAUCGCUGUGCGUAAACCUCUGCUCUCAGACGGAAUCAGCAAGCCACGACAAGUCGGUGGAAAGGAAAUGCCUGUUUCUGGCACCUACCAUGACGACUCCAUGAGCGAAUCAACACCAGCUGCAACCGAAGGAGAGACUGCGUCAGAAAGUGAACUCGAAACGGAGACGGAGGCGGACGCCAUACCCACUCCAGAGUCUCACCCAAGACAUGGUCGUAAGCCAUCUGUCGUCUGCGGUGCUAUGGCUGACUCAGGAGGGCGAGAGAGUCGACACCCAGUUUCCCAACAUGACCUUCAUCACAAGUAUUUCAGACGGGACGUCGUAAGUCCUUCACAACAUCGAUCUCUUGCGGUAUGCCUUCCAACAAUACCUCCCGUUGUCGCUUGUCUUCUAAUGAAAAUUAUGUCUAUCAGGUCUUCGGAUUUCAUGCUCGUUUUACUAAUCUUCUACCUCUGCGUUAUGUCAUGCCUCCCGACUUUGUCCCACCGCACGACCUUGAUGUUACAUUUUGCGCAUGCCUGUGCCUGGUGCACUUUCCAUAGCUUUGGACUCGGUCUUCUCUUACGUGCGCAAAGCCAAUCCAAGUUCAUUGUCGGACACUUCUUGAAGAAUUAUCAUUACCCUCCCAACGAUAACGGGGAUGGUGCUGUGCAGGAGGCAUUUACGAAUUGGAAAGCUAUCUACAACACGAGCUUAUGCAUGACUUACAUUUCCCUUGGCGGACUUGCUUGGAAGACGUAUUCUUUGCCUGAUAUGUGGUCGGAAGGAGACGCUUUACUUCGUCAUACGCUAGGAGCUCUGUUCAUCGGUCUACACGCUUGGGCAGCAAGGGAAUCUUAUGAGGUCCUUGGCGUUUUUGGCUGGUUUUACGGAGACUUUUUCGCAGAGGACUUCCCUGCUCACCUUGAGUACACUGGCAUCUUCCGGUAUCUCGAUAAUCCAGAACUUAUGAGCGGCGCAUCCUUCCUGGGUCUUGCGUUGAUCAGUGGAAGCAAGCUUGUCGGUUUUCUUGCGGUUAUGCGUUUUGUAUCACAUUGUUGGUUCCUGAAGACGGUCGAGAACCCGCAUAUGCGUAAAUUAUACGGUGAAAGCUUGCGCAAGGAAGCCGGAUUUGUUAAAGUGAUCAAGAACGUUGCGACCAAGAACGCGCGUCUUUUGGAAUCUCGUGCUGGUCGACAUGCCCCUGACAUUAAAAGAGUAGCGAAGGAAGUGAAGGGGACGUUCGACAAGGUCUUUGAAGAGACUGCGGAUGUUGUAGAGGAGUUUCUUGCGAAGUCCAAACCGAAAAUCUCAGAGGUCGUACAGGAGACCAAGGUGCUUCUCCAGCAAUCCCGGGAGAGACUUAUCAUCACUCGCGUCGCCAAUGACCUUUCCUCAUGUGACAUUGCAAAGUACAAGUUAUCGAUACUCCCCAACCAGUUUGGCGACAAACGAUUCCAUCUCGGCGAGCCAAUCCACGUACAGUGGCAGGCCCCACAGGGACAUUCGCGGAAGGACUGGGUCGGUAUUUACAGGGUUGCAGCCAACAAGUCAACAUUAGUGACGAAGACGUCAUCAUUUGGGAAGUGGCUUCCUGUCUAUGACGAAGAGUGGGACGGCGAUGUGCCGCUGAACAGCAAUCACCGCGUUUCAUCGAAGAGCGUGGAAUCUGAGACAGGCACUUUGACGUUCCGGGGUUCGACCCUUCCGUGGAAAGUCGGCCAAUAUGAGGUCCGUUAUCAUCAUGAUGGGAAAUACAACGUUUUAAGUAUGGAUGGUCCUUUUGAAGUUUAUGUUGAGAAGCACGGGCCUUUGGACUUCGACUCCGUGAAGGAAUGCCUGGCACAUAUCGUCCCCCUCUGCUUGGACAACGAUCCGUCGUUGAUCCCUCUCUCGUGCGGAGAAACGGGAACCACCGAGACAAGUUCUGACGCGGACGGUGCCAACGCUGACGGGCGUGAUUUAGAUGACUUCACCUUCUGGUCAGAAGGACAGGCUAAGCGGAUCUCUACGGCUAUUAGAGAAGCAUUUGAUGUGGAGUAUGCUCCUGAGGUCAUCAUGGCGGAUGCGAACUUAACUACGCUAGCCAAGCGCAUUCUGGUGUCCAAGCAGUUAUUGGUGAAUAGUUAGGUUUUUCGGAAUGAUCUCGUUCGUGGCUGUGGUGUACAUUUUCACUCUGACGGAUUUAAUGAUGUUGCCAAGGUCAUGACUUCCAC